AUGCAAGGAAAUCCGCCCAGGCCGCCUCCUUUAAGUCCGAGGGAUGACCGCGCGAGGCGUGCCGUCCCUCAGGGGUGGGCUGUUGUACAGACACCGGACUCACCACCCACACUCAGCCACGGGACUCCCGGCUACCCUGCGUCUGGCCCGUCCAUCACACCAAUUUUUUUCCCCUCGGCUGCAGGGAACACUUGCCCCCGACCUUUCUGUGCGGAGGCUUUCCUGUCCGCAAGUCCUGUUGACAGUCACAACAGCAGUACCGGGUCUUUCCAGCGGCGCGACUCUGUCAGCUCCGGUUUCUCUCAAGCCGAGAGUUCGGGUUCGCCGUCGGUUUCGGGGAGCAUGGAGCAGGGAGGCCGUUUCGGCCGUUCCCAAAAACCGUUGAGUGGCCUUCGGACCUCGGUGUCUGUGCCGAAUUUUUUCCACGCGAAGCCGACCUCGCUCUUGAGGAAGAAGGGCCGGGAUAUGGACGCCACGGGGAGCGUGGCGCGGGAGGGCGCUUUCUGGGGCGACCUGUUAGACGACGAAAACGAAAAGCCGGCGACGCCUGGCUUGGAGGCGGCCUCCUAUCCGGUCCCUCCCGCGGGUCCGCGGCCGAUCGGAGCCUCGCCUUCGCUCUCUGGCGCGCUCUCGGCGCUCUCCAGCGCGCCCAGCCCGCUCUCUUCCCAUCGAAGUGGGGACGGACACGCGCCGCUCGGCGCUGAGAAGCAGACCGCCGACAAGAGAUUGCCUGGAUAUCGCCGCAGUUUCUUCCAGAAACCGCUCGGCCUCACGCUGUCGAAGCUCGGGAGUCGCGGCGAGAGCUGCCCGGACUUCUUCGCCCAGAACAAAGGCCUCGUUCGAGUCUCGUCGGCGGCGAGUGUUGCUGGCGAAGGCGACUCCGUCAGCUCCUCCUCGUCUGUCGGCACGGACCUCUCCCAACACGGCGGCGUCUCUGAGGAGCCGACUGCUCCCGUCCCCGUUCUCUUGGGGGUGCCCAGCGCCGCAUCUGCCGCCGUGCCCACAAUCUUUGGAGGAUCAACGCUCCGCCAAGUCCACAGUUCGCCCUCGCUCCAAGGAGCCUCUCCAGUCCCGACGCCAACGACCUGUCCUCCCCCCAGUCUGUCUCGCAUCCAAGCGUCCGAGCUGGAGCAGUCGAUCGACACCGAGUUCCUCUCUUCUCUUUCUGCGCGGCGUCUCCGCCUCUCCGCUGGCCCGCCGAACCCUCCGGCCCGACCCAGCCUCCCCUCGGGGAAUCUGCAAUUGCAGCAAAACCGCCAAGGGAACCUCGGCGCCAUUUCGCGGCGACUCUCGAUUCGGCAGCUGGUCCAGAGAUCCUCGGCUGCCCUGGGGCCUCCAGCGCAGCCGAGGAUUGCGUCCAGGGGCGCCACGGGCGACGAAGGGUCGAGCGCGCGACCGGCUGGGGACCGGCCGGGCACUGCGCGCUUUGCUGCCUCCCCACGCGACGCACACCCUGGAUUCGACGAGGAUGCUCUGCGCGUUGGAGAAGUCUCCGCUGUGCCCGAGGAAGUCAACGUUCAGGAAGAAUCCGGCUCUUCUCACGGAUCUUCCCCAGAAGACGGCGUCUCCGACGACGACAGCGGCGGCGCUGGCGCGUCGCCACCCGGAGGGACGGGUUCGUAA